AUGCGAGCAGGAGCUUCCAACCUCGCAGUGGUCCGCGUGUUCUCGACCGAGGAGGAGCUGCAGCUGCUGUCUGGCAGUUUCCCUGCCUGGGAUGCCACGAUGCCGUGCGCGAGCAAGUCCAACACGAGCACGAUCGAUUUCAUCCUGGUCUACAGCAAGGAUCUGGAGACGGACCCUAUGGCCAAGGGAUUGGUCUCUUCCCUUACCAGCGAUUUCGACCAAAAACAGUUCGCCUGGAUGACUUGCUUCUCCACCAUGAAGAACAUGUCGGCCAUGCUGAACCCAGAGCAUGACGUGUACGACAACCGCGGCUACACCACCAACAAGCACUGGGUGUCUGGUCCCAAUGCGGUCUUCUCAAAGAUCAUGACGGCCAUGCUUGAGGGUGAGUUCAUGGACAUGUACGACACCUUCUUCCUCAUGGAGAUGGACGCGGUUCCCAUCAAGAGCGGCUGGCUCGACCAGUUCGAGACGGAGGCUCUUGAGAUGCCGGGUGGGAACAUGGCCGUCCGCGGGAGUCAAUAUUUGGGUGACAAGUGGGACCUGUUCAAGUGGAUGAUGCCCACCUAUUUGGUGGAUCACAUCAACGGCAAAGCCAUGUACAAUCUGAAGCACCCCUGGACGAAAGCUGUGUAUGACGCGUUCCACAGCAUGGGCGGCGGCAGCAUGAUGGAAGAGAUGGCCUUCGAUCAGCAGCCAGUUUGCGGCUGCCUGGACGGCCGCAAAUGGCAACAGCCAGACCUACAACUGGGAUUCUAUGCCAACACCCUUCUGAACACCAGCUUCGAGUUCCCAACCUACAUCCGCCAUGGUUCCAGCAAGAACCUCUUCGACACCGUGAUGGAUGACGAAGUGACCCUGGGAGUUGCGAUGUUCGAUACCCAGGGGCACUUGAAGGAGACCGUGCCCACGCACCACCCCUUCAAGAAGAUCCUGGCCCUGACCUAUUACCCGCAGCCGGACAUGACCGAGACGAUCGAGGGCCCGAACGGUAACGUGACCAUGACGACAGCAACAGCCACGCGUGAUGCCUAUUUCCACCUCUGCGAGACAGCCUCUCUUGUAAACACGAAGUGGUUCGCCCUCACGGACAACUACCACAUCAUCAAGGCGCCCGUUAGCGUUCUGAUGGAAACCAGCGACAAGCCCGUGUUGCCCUACGUGCUGAGGAACUCAAAGUACUGCGGUGAGCGUCCCAACUGCGAGGCUUCCAUGGAGCAGGCAGAGACGCUGUUCAGCAUCACGCUGAACUACCACCACGACAAGUACGAGGAAACCGCAACAAGCUCCCAAUCAUGGAGCGAUUGCAGCCUGGCUUUUGGCCCAACCGGCGACGACUACAUCGCUUGGAAGAUCAGCGACCCGGAUUACAACAUCACCAACGAGUUCACUCCGAAGGACAAGACCCGCUACGGCUGGCGAGCGUGGACCAGCCUGUGGAACCCGGCCCCGGUCGACUCCCGCGACUGCAGCACAACCCUCUACGGCCCAAAGGAGUACCUGGAGACUCUCGGCAACAUCUCCAAGUGCGCGGUUAGCUAUGUCGAAAAUGAGGCGGGCUGUGCUGGUGACACCUCCUGCCAAUGGAAGCCCAUGUUCGAGUCGGGCGUUUGUGUUCAGGACCCGAGGAGCGUUACCACUUCAACAACGGUUGCUGGAAGUGUAUACAGCAGCAUCGAAGUCUCCAUGGAAAUGACGGUGGAGGAUCCGACCACGAUCACCGAGAAUGCCACCAUGACAAAUGCCAUGAUUGCCGGAUUCGCAGAGGUGAUGGAGGUGGAUGAAGAAGACGUGACGUUGGAGUUCCAGACGGACCGACGCCUUAGCUCCCAUGCAAGGAAGCUUCAGGUCACGCUGACGGCCAUUUUCACUGUGACUAUGCCCAGCCUUGAAGCAGCCAUCGAAAAGCAAGUGGCAAUUGAGACAGUCUCCUUGGCCAAAACGACCGAAGCCAUCAGCACGGCUGUCGCCAACACUGGCUUCACGGGCGCCGUGGAGGUCACCGGCAAGUCGACCGUUCGCGUCGCUGCCCCGACGACCACGACCACAACGACGACGACAACGACGACAACGACGUGUUACGUGCUUUUAGCUUAA